AUGAGAACCAUAGACCUGAUGCACCUAGCCCCCGCUAUCAUCGCCGACCGCCGCCAGACAAGUCCCCCAACACCUAGGACACACAAUAACCGAAGGCCGAAUAGCCCCGCAGACCAGGAAAAUCGAAGCAAUCGACGCGCUAAAGGCUCCUUCCGACGUGAAAGGCUUACGACAAGUGUUAGGAAUGGCCGGCUACUACCGCAGCUUCGUGCCGAAUUACGCAGCCGUCACCCAACCGUUGACGAAACUGAUGCGCAAGACAGCAACUGGAAAGAGGAGCAACAGAGGGCGUUCAGGCAAAUAAAGGAGCAACUGAAGCAGGCAGCCCUAUGCAACGAUUACGCCGCUGAAGAAUUAAUCAUCGUGACCGACGCGAGUGAUUACGCAGUAGCCGGGAUCCUAUCAUGUAAAAAGAACCACCGCGAUUACCCAAUUGAAUACAUGUCUAAGACGUUAACAGAAGUGGAAAUAAGGUGGCCGACAAGAGAGAAGGAAGCAUAUGCAAUCGUAGUUGCACUCCAAAAGUUCGAUGUCUAUAUACGGGGACGGAAGGUUACUAUAUAUACCGAUCACAAAAGUCUAGAGUGGAUGUUCCAAGCUAAGAAAGGUAAGAUUGCUCGAUGGGCCACACCCCUACAGGAGUAUGACCUGACCGUUAUCCACAAGAGCGGAAUUGAGAUUGCGCACGUGGAUGCCCUUAGUAGACUGGCGAAAGACGUAGCGACGGCCGAAGAUAGGAUGACAUGCAUGGCGGUUAUGACACUUACCGAGGAAGAGGACGGAUUACCACGGGUAACGGAAUGGGGACAAGCGUACCAAGAGAUACCCACCGUAGAGAGGGACCGACUGAAGGUCCGAGAAUGGCAAGGGAUGCUGACCAGAGGAGGCCGGGCAUACGUACCACCACAAUACGUGAAGAGAGUAAUACGACAUUUUCAUGACCGGCGGGUCGGGACCCACGCCGGAGUAGUGAGGACACACCGGAGAACCCAAGAACUAUUCUGGUGGCCCGGACAGAUGGAAGAGAUACGGCAGUACGUCGGAGCCUGCCUAACUUGUCAACGCCGAAGGAAUGGGAUAGAACGCACGCAGGGACUGAGUAGGGCCUUCCCACUAGGGGAGAUCUUCGAGGCGGUACAUAUCGACUUCUGGCAAACCAGAGGAGAAGGCAGGCCAAUAAUGACAAUGAUCGACCGGACGUCACGAUGGGUGGAAGCAGCGGUGGUCCCCGACAAGUCUGCCCAUUGGGCGGCAGCGACAUUUGUUCGGCGAUGGGUUACACGAUACGGAGUACCCAAACAACGACACCUUCGAAAGCAUUACGAACGCAUACAGGGAGAAAGCAUGAGAGGCGAAGAAGAGUCGCACCAUACAACGCUGG